GAAAGGCACGAAGAAAAUGGUUCAGGGAGUUGAGUUGUUCUGAUAAGAUAGUUAUGCUUAAAAACGUUAGUUAGCAAGCUAAGUAGACAGCAUAUUUUAUCGUCGUCACUCGUCUCUAUUUGCUCUAUCUAAAAGUCAUAGAUUGACAUUUUCAUCUGUAAAUGUUAAACCUGUCACAGUGCGGAAGUGGAUAAAGUGUUAUCAUACAACAUCUUGGCGAACGUUAGUUGCUGUAGAGUAGGCUAGGAAGCUAUCUAACUAGCUAUGAAGGACACGCUUGAUCUUGUUCACAGAUUCAGCGCGCACCCCGACUCGCGCUGCUGGUACGUGGCCUGGAACCCAAAGGGUACACUUCUUGCUUCAUGUGGCGGUGACCGAGCUAUUCGCAUUUGGGGCAAAGAAGGCGAGUCGUGGGUUUGCAAGUGUGUGAUGUCAGACGGCCAUCAGCGCACUGUCAGAAAGGUGGCUUGGUCCCCAUGUGGGAAUUACUUGGCCUCGGCCAGCUUCGAUGCCACAACGUGCAUCUGGAAGAGGAAUAACGACGACUUCGAGUGCCUAACAGUGUUGGAGGGCCAUGAGAACGAGGUGAAGUGCGUCGCCUGGUCCCCCUCUGGCAACCUCUUGGCCACCUGCAGCAGAGACAAGAGUGUGUGGGUGUGGGAAGUGGACGAGGACGAUGAGUACGAGUGUGUGAGUGUGGUGAACUCCCACACACAGGACGUCAAACACGUGGCCUGGCAUCCCACCCUGGAGCUCCUGGCCUCGGCAAGCUACGACAACAAAGUGUGCGUCUACAAGGAGGAGGACGACGACUGGGAGUGCCGGGCCACGCUGGAGGGACACACCUCCACUGUCUGGAGCUUGACCUUUGACCCCAACGGCCUGCGGCUGGCCUCCUGCAGCGACGACCGCACCGUUAAGAUCUGGAAGGAGGCGCAGCCGGACAGCGAGGUUCCGUGGAAGUGUGUGUGCACACUCUCCGGGUUCCACGGACGGACGGUGUAUGACGUGGCGUGGUGUCGGCUGACCGGUGCCCUGGCCACGGCCUGCGGGGACGAUGGCGUGCGCGUGUUCAAGGAGGAUGUGACCGCUGACCCCGAGCAGCCAGUCUUCUCCAUGAGCGCUCACAUGCCCAAGGCGCACGGCCAGGACGUCAACUGCGUGGCCUGGAGCCCCAAGGAGGCGGGACUUCUGGCCUCCUGCAGCGACGACGGAGACAUCUGCCUCUGGAGCUACAAAUCAGAGGAGUGAUACCCCUGAUUGGCAGGCUGGAGGACCAAUGAACUGUGAACUUGUUGCUGUAACGGAACGCGGGCCUUGCAGGUUGAAGGGAGCUUUGUGAUCAGUCGGAGGCCAAACACUCGUGUGUGAAAGCAAGGCCAGCUGAGGGGUGUACAUAGGCAUUUGUUUCAGAGCUGAAACGUAAGGAUUCUGCCAUGCCUCAUUUUAAUAUGAUCUGCGAAAAACCCAUCACAUGGUGCACUCAAAAAUCCUUGAUUUUUUUGCUCCGUUUCAACCCUUCCUGGUGAAAUUUGACAAACUUCUGAUUCUGAUAUCAUCCUAGUAACAAUGUUGACACUGUUCUUUAGCAAAAUCCUAGACACCAUCCUCCCAAAAUAUUGGAUGUUAGGAUGGUAUCAGAAGUUUGUCAAAUUGCACCAUGUGAUGGGUUUUCCCAGUCAGCAUCACCACUGCUUCGGUAGCACCUCCGCACAUGAAGUUCAACAUUUAAUUCACCUCACACUUUGUAAUCAGUCCCUCCUCUUAAAUGCUUUUUUCCAUCAUGAUUGCUUUUUACAUGUGCUUUUCCUGAUACUGAGUUUUGAUUAAAAUAAGAGAUUUGAUGACUGUGUAUGAUUAUUGAUGAAGAGAAAACCAAGUAUCAUUUCUUAAUUGUUUAUUUUGACUGGCAUAAAACACUACAAAACAACCAUGGCAGACUUCCAAUAUAAAAAUGCGUUUCACAUUUCAAAUAAGCAUUACUUGUCGGACCUUAUAGUUACUGUUGUGGUGAAACCAAAGAAGGAUUUCUGUAGGGAUACAAGACACCAAAACGUUUUGGCUUUGCAAUGUCUGCUUCCAAUGAUUCCCAUUGGUUUUACACUAGCAAGCGCUAUCAUCGGCUACAUUAAAAAAUCCACCACAAGACAUUUCGAAGAGGUGAUUUUAUCACAGCCAUGUGUGAAUUAAAUGGGGGAAAAGGAAAA